CAGCCUAUAGAGACCAUAAAUAAACAGUGGAGAGAGUUCAUGACGUAUUGACCGUAAGGACAUUUAACUCGACUUGAUGGAGGUCAGGUGAACGAGAGUGAUACACACACUGUAAGAUGGUAACCUGGACUUAGAUUGGAACAAUCGACACGUACCGUUAACUAUGGCAUCCAGCAGCAACCUCGACGAGUAUAUGGCCAAGAAAAAAAAUAUGAAAAGAACGCUUUCAAAUAUUACGCAAUUGGAGAAUAAAGUUUUCACGCAGCCUCCGAGAUACGAGAAUGACACUGAGUUUUUUAAAUCAGUCAUUCUUAAAACUCAGGAAAGACUAUUGUCUAUAAUAAAGGACCCAAACUUCGGACCGGAUAAAAACCGCGUAUUUUGUUCUGUCGCUAGAAAAUUCCUUGGCGAUCUGAACAAUCUUAUAUAUUAUACAGCAACAACAAGGAAGGAUAAGUUUGAGACAGGUAAAAUCAUUGGAGACGAAUUGGUAGAAAAUUCGACGAUAACAUUUUUUUGCAAGACGAUACUGAAAUCCGAAAAAGAUCUCCCCGCACUGUCCGAGGCGGCGAAAGUGUGUGUGGACAUUCUGAAUGACAUCGCUAACUAUUCCGCCGCUGUGUGUCGGACGUGUAUGGAUUAUAAAGGCAUGUUGCGCUUCAUCAGAGAGGCUUUAGAAAUGUGGCGGAAACCUCUGCAUAGCGGCCAAUUAUCGCCGGAACACGCCAACCACAUGUACACGUUCGUUGGAUUAGUACAUAAUUCGUGUAUGUGUUGUACAACCGUGACUGCUACUGUCCGCUCCUCCGGGAUCAUCAAAGUGCUUAAGGAGAUCCUGCUGUACCCAGACCUUAGUAACGAGUACGGUAUGAUGGUGGUAGCCGCGAUUGCCGACAUCAUGGACGAAGGAGACAGUGACUCGGUGCUUCGGAAGGAUGAUGACUACAAGUGGGUCAGGUUAUUUAUAGAUCACCUUAAAGAGGCAGUAAAAUGUCCUGUCUUGCAACACAACGGAUGGUUUUCGUUCGAAUGUGGCCGAGUGCUACGACAGUUAUCCUGUUUUGAUGCCAACAAGAUGAUUCUAGUAGACCUGCAUACUUUGCCAGCUCUUGUUGAAUUAGCGCGGAUUAAUGAAGAAAUAUGUCUUUUUGAGGCAGUGACGGCACUGAGUCAGCUGGCCUUCGAGCCCGGGGCACAGAAAGCAAUGAUCGAGGACGGAGAGGGACAGACGAUCCUCCUCCUUUUUGCACUGGCUAAAGAUUGCACAUUCCAGGAGAUACGGGAGAUAGCGCGUGGUACGAUCUGGACCAUGGCCAUUCCACUUCGAGGGUCGCCAACCUACGGACCACAAGUGACCUCACUGUUUUCCAAGAAAACGCGAGGUCAUAUAAUGAUCAGUUACUCGAGAGAGCAGAGGCAGGUUUUACAGGAUAUCCGGGCGGAGUUGGAGGCAAAUAAAUUUACGGUGUGGAUGGACGUGGACAGAAUGAGGGGCGACGUGUACGAGAGAAUGGCAGAGGCUGUUGAAAAUGCCGCCGUCGUAAUUCUUGCCAUGUCAAGGAGCUACAAGAUGAGUGAAUACUGCCGGAGAGAGGCGGCGUACGCUGGAAAGUUAAAUAAACAAGUUAUUCCACUUAAGGUCGAGAAGGACUACGAUCCUGAUGGCUGGCUCGGUAUAAUGACGGCCGGCUCGUUUUUCUAUGACUUUGGAAGGAAAUCGUUCAAGUCUGUUAUGGCUAAACUCCUCCAUGAGCUCCAGCACUUGGCUUAUCGACAAGGAGAGGGCGUGGAUAGCCGCCGUAAAUCACCAGAAGCUGCCAUUCCCACCAGUGCGGUUCCAGAGCCCCCUCCCAUUCAGCUAUCUUCCUCAAUGACAUAUUCAAGCCAAAAUAACAGGAUCGCAUCCCAGACAUCUCGGGUGACUUACAUGUCCAGAAAGAAAUUCCGAGAUAUUGAUAAGCAGACAUUUCAGGAAUGGCUCGAUAACUACCAACUACCAAGAGACCGAUUUGAGUCUCUAAGACCAAAGGACAUAUUGUUUCUUGCCAGAAUGAAGGACGAGGCUCCAGAAAGUUACUACUCUAUAGGUAGGAGGCUGUUCAAAGACAAAUCAGACCCUUUAUUAAAAACAAGGAUAAUGGCGGACCUUACCGAGGCACUUGACGAUCUCGUAUGAUGACGUUUAUGUACGACCUCCUUUAUAUGUUUGAAUGAUUUCAGUGCCAUGUCAGUUGAUUGAAAACGGUUGAUUUUUUUUAGAUUUACAACAAAGAUUAUGGCCGUCAGGUCAAACAUGAUUUUCACUUCAGUCAACUGAAAGGUCUAGAGCUUUAGAUAGCAUUUCAAUUUUAGUGCAAAUGCUGGUCAUUUCCGACGCUUCAGGGGUUAUGCUUACUUACGCUCUCUGCAUUCGGGGUGCAGGGAAUACAAGUGAGCGUAACCUCUGGAGUAUCCAGGAUACUAGUUACCGUAAGUUUGACUCCUGAUGACGGCGGUAACUUAUAUGGAACAUGUAAACAUCGUCUUAAAAUAAUCGUUAGUAUAUUGUUUAUUAUAUGGGCAACAAUUGGUGAAAGUAUGAAUUGUCUACGUCAAAUUCAAUGUCAAUUGUUUUGUAUGUGUGAUUAAAUUAAAAUUAGCGCAGCAGUUGGAAAGGUUCAGGAUUUAAAUAAAUACAACGUCUGUCGGGACAGUGGAAACGAUUUUAAUCAAAGGCUUAUUAUCUGUUACCUGACAAAGAGGAAAAACCAUAUUCACUUCUCAUAUUAGUUCUAUUGUAAGGAGUGUAUGUAACAGUGUGUGAAUGUGGGAGGAUUGUAUGUGACACAGUGAAACUUUCGGAAGAUGUUGUGUGACACAUCGUAACUUGGGAAGAUGGUGUGAGGCACACUGUAACUUGGGAAGAUGGUGUGAGGCACAUUGUAACUUAGGAAGAUGGUGUGAGGCACAUUGUAACUUGGGAAGAUGGUGCGAGGCACAUUGUAACUUGGGAAGAUGGUGCGAGGCACAGUGUAACUUGGGAAGAUGGUGUGAGGCACAUUGUAAAUUGGGAAGAUGGUGCGAGGCACAUUGUAACUUUGGGAAGAUAAUGUGUGACACAUUGAAACUUUGGGAAGAUUGUGUGUGACAAAGUGUAAUUUCGGGAAGAUGGUGUGUGAAGCACAUUAUAACUUUGGGAAGAUGGUGUGUGACAAAGUGUUACUUUGAGAAGAUGGUGUGUGACAAAGUGUAACUUCGGGAAGAUGGUGUGAGGCACGUUGUAACUUUGGGAAGAUAGUGUGUGACAAAGUGUGAAUUUGGGAAGAUUGUGUGUGACAAAGUGUAACUUCCGGAAGAUUGUGUGAAGCACAUUAUAACUUUGGGAAGUUGGUGUGUGACAAAGUGUAACUUCGGGAAGAUGGUGUGAGGCACGUUCUAACUUUGGGAAGAUAGUGUGUGGCACAUUGUAACUUUGGGAAGAUGGUGUGAGGCACAUUGUAACU